AUGGCUUCCUCCCUCGCCGUCCUCCACCCCGCCGCCCACCUCCACGCCUCCGCCUCGCGCCGCCUCAACCCGCCCCCGCGCCUCCUCCACCACCACCCGAAGGCGGCCCCCCGACGCAGGCUCGCCGCCGAGUUCGCGGUCGGCGGCACCGGCGGCGACGGAGGAGGAGGAGGCGGGAGGAGGGCGAGGAGAGGGGGCGUCGACGUGGCAGCGGUCGGCGCGGCGCUGCGGGACGCCAGGACGGCCGACGACGUGGAGUCCCUGGUGAGGGGCUUCGUGGACGGCCGCGACGAGCACCUGCCGCUCCAGGUGUUCACCUCGGUGAUCCGGGGUCUGGGCCGGGAGCGCCGCCUCGACGCCGCGUUCGCCGUCGUGGAGCACCUCAAGAGGAGGGGACGUGGCGGCACCGGCGCCGGCGUCAACCAGUUCGUGUACAACUGCUUGCUGGGCGCGGUGAAGAACAGCGGGGAAUUUGGGAGAAUCCGCGACGUGCUUGCAGACAUGGAAGCACAGGGGGUUCCCUCAAACAUUGUGACAUUCAACACUCUCAUGUCCAUCUACGUCGAGCAAGGGGAGAUUGAUGAGGUCUUCAGGGUGUUCGCCACCAUCGAGGGCCGUGGGCUGGUGCCCACGGCGGCGACAUACUCGACGGUGAUGUCGGCCUACAAGAAGGCCGGUGACCCGUUCGCGGCACUCAAGUUCUUCACCAAGCUCAGGGAGAUGUACAACAAGGGCGAAUUGUCGGGUAAUCCUGAAGACUGGGAGCGAGAAUUUGUUAAGUUUGAGAAGCUGACCGUUCGUGUGUGCUAUAUGGCAAUGCGGCGGUCUCUUGUGGGUGGUGACAAUCCAGUAGGCGAGGUGCUGAAGGUUCUUCUUGGAAUGGAUGAAGCCGGGGUGAAGCCAGACAGGAGCGAUUAUGAGCGGCUUGUCUGGGCAUGUACAGGUGAGGAGCACUAUACUAUUGCCAAGGAGCUGUACCAAAGGAUCCGCGAGCGUGGCGAUGGCGUGAUCAGCUUGUCGGUGUGCAACCAUCUAAUUUGGCUGAUGGGUAAGUCUAAGAAGUGGUGGGCAGCUCUUGAGAUCUAUGAGGAUUUGUUGGACAAAGGGCCCAAACCGAAUAACUUGUCAUAUGAGCUGAUCAUGUCGCAUUUCAAUGUUCUACUCAAUGCUGCAAAGAGAAGGGGCAUUUGGAGGUGGGGUGUUAGGUUGCUUGAUAAGAUGCAAGAGAAGGGCUUGAAGCCUGGGAGCAGAGAGUGGAAUGCCGUGCUUCUUGCAUGUUCUAGAGCAGCUGAAACAUCUGCCGCAGUUGAUAUAUUUAAGAGAAUGAUAGAUCAAGGGUUGACACCGGAUAUAGUCUCUUACGGAGCGCUGCUUAGUGCACUUGAUAAGGGAAAGCUGUAUGACGAGGCACUCCGAGUUUGGGAACACAUGUGCAAGGUAGGCAUUAAGCCGAACCUACACGCAUAUACAAUCUUGGUAUCAAUUUACAUUGGCAAGGGGAAUCAUGAUAUGGUUGAUUCUGUUCUUCGUGGUAUGCUGUCAGCAAAGAUAGAACCAACUGUUGUAACGUUCAAUGCGAUAAUCAGUGCAUGCGUGAGGAACAACAAAGGUGGCGCUGCUUUUGAAUGGUUCCACAGGAUGAAAGUUCAGAGCAUCGAGCCAAAUGAAAUUACAUAUCAGAUGUUGAUUGAAGCUCUUGUGCAAGAUGGCAAACCCAGACUUGCCUAUGAGAUGUACAUGAGGGCUUGCAACCAAGGGCUUGAGCUUCCUGCAAAAUCAUAUGACACUGUUAUGGCGGCAUGCCGAGAUUAUGGUUCCCUCGUAGAUCUAAAUUCUUUGGGCCCUCGGCCUGUAAAGAAAGCAGAACCCAUCUGGAUAGAGAACAAGUUUUCAAGUAGUUAUUAUGUUGAGAAUCUCCCAAGCAGCACAAAGCAUUUUGGUAGCACUGGAACAUCUAGUUUAUAUAGAUACAGAAUGGAAAGAUGGAUCAUGUAACAUUCUCCGUCCCCUCUUAUUUCUGAACAUUCCAAACUCACUCCAACAUCAAAUCACCCUGAAUUUUGUUUGUAAGUUGCCUAACUUGUAAACAUUCGAUCAUUCAUACAUUAGUCGAUUUAUUAUUAGUUUUA